GAUACACGGAGUCUCACCGAGAGCAUUCGCCAACACAUCAUCGAUGGAGGCCUACGGUACCAUGCUUACCAUGCCGGGCAAUAUGCCUUCCCCAACGACGAGACAGAACAGUACCGUGACGACCUCAAGCAUCAUCUGAUCAUACACCUUUGCGAAGGCGUAUACUUUUAUUCCCCUGUCCAUGAACGGCUGCAACAGCCUGGUGCUGAGGUCCUCGAUUUAGGUACCGGGACAGGAAAAUGGCCUAUGGAAAUGGCCGACAUGUAUCCCAACACAACAUUUCACGGCAUGGAUCUAUCACCUAUCCAGCCCGAUUGGGUCCCAGAAAACGUCAUGUUCGUUGUCGACGACAUCGAACAUGAAGCGGGGUGGACGUAUCCUGAAAACUCGUUUGAUUUUAUCCACAUCCGCCACACCUGCCACUCAAUAAAGGACCGGGCUGAGCUGUGGAGUCGGGUUUACAAGCAAGUCUGCCCGCACUUGAAGCCCGGUGGCUACGUCGAGGUUCAAGAGUUCCACUAUGCUGCUGCCUGUGACGACGAUUCGUGCAACCAACCAUAUGCCUGGCGUGACUUUUUACGAUAUCUGGGGGACGGUCUUGCCGCCCUCGGCUCCAAUCUCCACGCCAUCCUCAACGUCAAGGACGAGCUCGCUGCCGCUGGCUUCCAGGGGAUCCGCCAGGUAGACCUCAAGUGCCCCAACGGCCCAUGGCCAAAGCUGAGGCGACUCCAAGAGUGCGGCCACAUUCUGCGAGAUGUUAUCAUGUGGGGGCUUGUUGGGCUAGCCAGGCGCCCACUCCAUCACGGACUGGGAUGGACGACGAUUCAAAUCGAAAUGUUCCUCGUCGAGGUCCGCAAAUCCAUCAUUGCCGAACACAACGGCAUACCCAAGUUCCAUUCAUACUUUCCUUUCCACACUAUAUACGGAUACAAGCCC